GACAUUUUAGCACAGUUGUGUCAGCAAAAGCAUUAUUAUGGCUCUAAUACUGGGUUUGAUUUAUGUGUUUCAAAUGUAUAGUGGAUGUUUGUGUCAUAACGUUACAAGACCUAACAUCGUGAUGGUGAUGGCUGACGCCUUUGAGGGACGGUUGACAUUUGAUCCUGGCAGCAAAGUUGUGCACUUGCCUUACAUAAACUACCUCAGAGAGCUGGGGAGCACCUUCAUAAAUGCAUACACCAACUCACCCAUAUGCUGUCCAUCCAGAGCAGCCAUGUGGAGUGGCCAGUUUGUACACCUAACCCAGGCAUGGAACAAUUACAAGUGCCUUGAUGCAAAUGCAACCACGUGGAUGGAUUUGCUGGAGAAGAAUGGAUAUUUUACGAAGAUGGUGGGGAAGCUUGACUUCACCUCAGGGCAACAUUCGCUCAGUAAUCGUGUCGAAGCCUGGACCCGUGAUGUCCGCUUUCUUCUGCGCCAAGAAGGUCGACCUGUAACACAACUCGUUGGGAACGCAUCGACAGUGAGAGUGAACACUAUUGACUGGAAAAACACUGACUUGACCACACAGUGGAUUCGCCAGUGGGCUGCGUCCUCACACCAGCCCUUUGCACUUUACCUCGGCCUCAAUUUACCCCACACCUAUAAGACUGAUUCCUUAGGGCCCACUGCUGGAGGAUCCACGUUCCGCUCAUCUCCCUAUUGGCUGAAAAAGGCAGGCAUUGUCUAUCUCCUGUUCCCAAAUGUUUUCCCUCCACUGAUUCUUGUUCCAUGUCCCCAGGUUCAUUCUGAUGUUAUCUCUGUUCCCACGUGGCUGCCAUUGGCUGCCAUGCACCCUGUGGACUACUACUCCACCUUCACCAAAAACUGCAGCGGGACAUUCACAAAGGAGGAAGUUAGAAGAAUCCGGGCCUUCUACUAUGCCAUGUGUGCUGAAGCAGAUGCCAUGCUGGGACAGGUGAUUUCAGCACUGAGAGACACAGGCUUGCUCAACAACACUCUAGUGAUCUUCACAGCUGACCACGGAGAGCUGGCCAUGGAGCACCGGCAGUUCUACAAGAUGUCCAUGUUUGAGGGAAGCGCCCAUGUUCCCUUGCUUAUCAUGGGGCCAGGGCUGGUGUCAGGCCAGCAGGUCAACCAGCUUGUGUCUUUGGUUGAUGUCUAUCCUACUGUACUGGAUAUUGCAAGUAUUUCAGGAGCAGGCAAUCUCAGUGGCCACUCGCUGCUUCCUCUUCUAUCCAAGUACCACGUGUUUUCCAAGAGGCAACAUCCAGACUGGGUUCUGAGUGAAUACCAUGGCUGUAAUGUCAACGCUUCUACAUACAUGCUAAGAAGUGGUCGAUGGAAAUACAUCGCCUAUGCAGAUGGCCUGGCUGUGCCUCCUCAGCUUUUUGACCUAACACAGGACAAGGAAGAACUUCAUAACAUGGCCUUCAAAUUCCCUAAUGUGCAAGCACAACUAGACAAGCAGCUACGCAGCAUUGUAGAUUACCCAAAAGUUUCUAAAACUGUCCAUCUCUACAACAAAAAGGCAUUUAGUGCCUGGCAGCAAAGUGUAGGAAGUAACUAUAGCCAGGUCAUUGCUAAUCUCAGGUGGCAUGUCGAUUGGCAAAAAGAUGUUUUAACCAAUGAAAGAUUGAUUGAUAGGUGGCUGCAUGACUCCUUGUGAUCUACAGUAUAUGCAAUAUAGGGUUGUCAAAGUGUGUCACAGUGAGCCUUCCCCUCAGAGAAUAUAAUAGCCUGAUUUUCUUCAGCAUAUUUUGUAGUUUUCUACCUACACUCUCGCAAUAUGAACAGAAAUCAAUUCAUUUUGUCAUUGAGCAUAUUUGCAGUUGGCUUAGCAGGUUUGAAAAAUGUUUUUCUUUAUUUUUCUAAAGCUGGGGGAGGCCCACUGCACACUUUGAAAACCCCUGCAAUACUUCAUUACUGUAUGUAUGGUUAAAAUUUCACUUUUGACUUUGAUUUUUAUUCUUAAAUUUUUUUUGCCAAUUUUCAGUCAGAUUGGAUUUUUGUAUUGUAUUUAUCAUUUCUGCCAUUGUAAAAUAAAUAUUUUUAUAUAGUUUUAUUAUUAUACAAGCUUUUAUUUUCAA